GAAACUUGUGUGUUUAGACUGUUAAGAUUAAUUUGUUGAUAAGAAUCAAUAAUUUAUUUAGAAAAUUAUUAAAAAUGAAAGCAACAUUAAUUUUUGAUAAUGUGAACGACUUGUUGUAUUCAAAAUGGGACGAAGAAUUCAUAGAACGGAUGAAAUCGCUGAGCGAACAGCACAGUGACUUAGACCUAACAGAUGGCUCCAAAGUGUCACAACUGUUGUCUCCCAUAAUUACAUCACAGCGGGUUAUGGCUGCACAGUUUGGGAACACAUACUCUUCCAUGCAAUGCAAAGAUGACACAACAAUCGUAUUUGAUGAGUGGUUGGACCAUAUUUUCAUCAUUAUUAGUGAGCAGUCAGUGGAUGAUGCCCAAAGAGAAAUGCUGGACCUUAAGACUUUUGUACAACACAUCUGUGGGCAAAAUAUUAAUUUACUCCAGUCUCCGGUCUACCGCAACUGGCUCUCCGUGUUAAUUGACAGCCGCACCAAAGGGGACUCCAUACCGGGAGCAACUGGUAUCAUAGGGGAGUCAGGGGCCACUGGGGCAGCGUUGAACGCGCUCAAGAGUGCCUCAAAGCAAAUAAAGGGCCAAUACCAUCUGAUGCUUUUUGUGGGGGACAAACAGCUCGCGUUGUAUUCAAGCCGUGGCACUGAAGAGCUGACGCCGCCGGACCUGAUCCUCAUUAGCAUGCAAUGCAUCGCCGCGCAGGAGUACUGGGAAGAGUCUGGGAGUCAAUAUGAUGACGUAACGAUCCGGCUACCUUGGCUCUCGGAGCAGAACAGCGCAGUGGUGCAGUUGUGCGCGGGGGCGGCGCACGCGCACGCGCACGCGCACGCGCCGUGCGCGCCGCACUCGCUGCACGUGGCGCGCGUGGCGCCGCGCCUCGUGCUGCUCGUGCUGCGGGACUUGCAGAUGAGGGAGGUGGGGACAGCAGUAAACAUGGCGUCCCAAAUCCUGUCCAACUUGCGUAGACUGCUGUUGCAGAGGAAUUUAGAGCUGUUGCCCAGCACACUCGAUACCUUGGAAGCGGCUUUAAAAAAGACAACCGACGCCCUUCGCAAAAACAAAUCGAACGCAAAUCUCUGCGCGCGUCUAUCGAGCCGGAUGCUGGAACUGCGCAAGUCUUGCACGACCACCACUCCCCUCACACCAGAGACCACUGCCACGGCGAUGCACACCGCACUAGAAACUGUCAUAGAGCUUCUAAAACCAGAUAUACCCAGCUUGAACCUGGCGGUUCCACUCAAGGAAGUGAAGACAGCAAUGGCGCCGUACGUCGACUUCCUCAAGAUCAAAGCUCAGCGAUACUUCAGCAUGGGAUCGUGCGGUAGUGACGCGAGUUCCCUAACGCUGCACAAGUAUGUGGAGGAGUUCCCCGGGCUCAUACACUUCGUGUACGUGGACCGCACCGCGGGCCGGUUUCUCGCGCCCGACAUGGCGGACUGUGCGGACAUGCUGUCGCCGCACACCGUACACAACAUAAUAUCCCGGUCCUUGGCGCUGACGCGCGAGGGCUACAGCGCGGCAACAUGGCGGCGCGGCGCGCUGCACGCGUGCUCGGUGCUGUGGUGGGAGCGCCGCGCCGCGCCCGCCCGCCCCGCCUACCCCACCCGCCCCGCGCGCGCUCCGCACCCCGCCGCCGUGCGCGCGCUGCCGCCGCCGGGGGACAUCCUCAACUCCUUCUACAGGCAACUUGCGGAGCUCGCUUUUCCAAACGAUUCCCAAGGAGUGACCAUCAAGGAACUGAUAUGCGUGCACCUAGGGCUGCUGCCCGCGACCACGGCCGUGCAGCAGGCGCGGCGGCUGGCGCACACGGUGCACGAACUGUUCACUGACAACCCUGCGACUGCUACAGACUUACUUUAAUAAAGAAGGCCGGGAAAAAAUAAACGUAGAUGGCGCUCUCGACGAUUCGAUAUCUAUUUACAGUAUAAGAACCCCUCCUAGUACUACGAUCACGUACCUAAGGCUGAGAACGCACUGCGAUUAUUUUUUGCGGUUACAGUACCGCAAAAAGUGUAACGUACGGCAUGCUUCAUAAGCGCACGCACUUAAAAUACUGAAACCGCAAGAAAAAAACCGCAGUGCGUUCUAAGCCUAAUACACCAUUCUACACUGAUCCCUGCUUGUUUUCAUACAUUUUAUCACGGUUAAUACGCGUUCCCGCUUGAGACUCUUUCAACGUGACCCCUUAGAAACUUCUAAAGCUGGUUUUAUUGUAUUUGCAAUUUGACUUUCGGUCAAAUCCAAUAGUAAAUGGCGCUCUCAUCGAUGGUACAAUUUUUGUAUGGAAUGCGAUAAUGCCAUUGAUAAACAAAAUGGCUGUUGCCUUCCCCAUUAUUAGAUCCAUGGGUACUAUAAGGGCGACGGUUUGUUCAUAAGGUUUGAACCUUAUCAAAAAGAGAUAAAGUUCAAAAUAAUGUAGGAAUAUUUCCCUUGCCCAAUUAUUUAAGAUAAAUUAGAUAAAUAUUCAUAGAUUUCUAUAUUUUUGGUCUCAUUGCGUUGAAAUCUGAGGGUUUUUUUUAAUUUGCUAUUUUACUUGGGUAACCUAGCCUGUUAUCGCUUGGCUGAAGCUGAGACAAGUCAUAGGGCUUUCGACAGCGAGUUCCCGACCUUUAAUAGAACAAGGAGAUUCACCAUGUCAAAUGUGUCGUUUACCACAAUGAGGUGCCACUGUGAUAAUUAGAAAUGUAUAAUUUCCUUAAUUAAACAUUGAGGCUAAACGUGCCAAAGUUCAUUACAGUAAUACUGUUUACAAUUUUAACUAUUUUUUACCUCUGAUGUUGCUUGGAUUUUUUUUUCCGAAUUUAUUUCUAUACUACCUGUAGUAAUUAUAAGUAUUGUGACUGCUUUAGUAUUGUAGGGAAAUUAAUUACCAUGUUAAUUGUAAAGUAACCUAAUAUUAAUUAUGACAUUGAAUUUAUAUUAGAUUUUUUGUGUUUAUUACAAUUUAUUUUAGUUUUAUAACAUGUUUGUCAUUAUCAAAUGUUAUUUUGAUGGCCCUAGUAUAUAAGAAUUUGGUAAUUUAUACAAUUAAGUACCUGAACAGCAAAGAAACACAUAUAUACAGAGUGAUUUUAUUAUUUCUGACCAUACUUUGAAGGGUGAAUAAGAAGGUCAUACUGAACAACCCAGCAAUGUGACCCAGCGAUUAUGGAACAGUUCGGAAAACGCAAAAAAUCUGUUGUCUCAUACAUUUCGCUGAAUCAUAUGUCAAUGUUUUCUAUGUAACAGAAGAUUUUAUUUUCAUGGAUUUCGGGGUUGGCCCUAUAGUAAAGUUGUUGUUCAGUAUAACCUACAUAUUCACCCCUCAGAGUAUUGUCAGACAUAACUAAAUCACUCUGUAUGUAUAAGGUUUGGUCCUACGGUUGAUAAUGCUGAUAUUAGGUUUGAGUAACAUUCCAUUGCCUUUCCUUGCCAAUGUUUUUAG